CUCACAGGGGCGGAGCAGUGACGGGGAGCUACGAUGUCUGUGGUACACCGGCUGACAGCAGGGUGGCUUGUGGAUCAUCUCUCUUUCAUCAACCAGUGUGGCUAUGAGAUCUGUGACUCCUUUGCAUACCCUGGUAGUGUCACUCUCGGUACUUUUGUCACUUCUACUGGAGAUUGUCAUGCUGCUUCUACCUUUGCUGCCACCUCCUCAUCAAGAGAUGGUCCUAUUCCUGGUCCUGGAGAUGCGCUAGAAACAGAAAGUAAACCAGCAAAAACGACAUAUGUGUUUCGGGAGGAGUUCUUUGACGUUUCUAAGCCCCAUAUAGCUGCAGCUCCUGAGGAGCAGCUGUGGCAGGGGUGCCCUGAGGUGAGUCUCACAGAAAUAAAGCCCAACAGCAACAGAGAGGAACAUCAAGAAGGAACCAAGAGUGGCAUUGGAGAUUCUGUUGCCAGUGCUAGGAAGAAACGUAAAAGGAAAUCUGUAUUCAACCAAGGUGAACUGAAUGCUUUAGAAUACCAUUCAAAGGUCAGGAAGCUCAUUUGGGAAGGCACUUUGCAUUUAGUCCAAGAAGGACUCAAAAGUGGUUUUCUUCACCGUACUACUGCAGAACUCAGUUGCAGGAAGAAUGUUGUUCCUGGACACAUUGGCUGUGGCUUGGCUGAAUUAUGUGAAAUGGCAAAGCAGUUUACAGCUGUUACUGAAAGUGACCAUCAAGUUGUACGUGUGAUAGAUGAUGAAACCUCCAUUCCAGAGCAGGACCUGCUUUCGUGUGUUACAGAAAACAGCUCAAACUGUGCAAAGAUAGUUGUGUUAAUGGGGCAGAAGUACUUGGUGCCACCAAAAAGCAGUUUCCUUUUAUCUGAUAUUUCAUGUUUACAGCCCCUCCUGAAUUACAAGAAAAAAUAUGAUGUAAUUGUGAUUGAUCCACCAUGGGAGAACAAGUCUGUUAAAAGGAGUAACAGAUACAGCCACUUGUCUUCAUGGCAAAUCAAGCAGAUUCCUGUACCAGCACUAGCUGCUCCAAAUUGUCUUGUAGUCACGUGGGUGACUAAUAGACAGAAGCACUUACGUUUUGUUAAGGAUGAACUUUAUCCUCAUUGGUCUGUGAAAACACUUGCUGAGUGGCACUGGGUAAAAAUUACUAGAGCUGGAGAAUUUGUAUUGCCUUUGGAUUCUUUACACAAAAAGCCCUAUGAAGUUCUUGUAUUGGGGAGAGUUCAAGGAGACGUAAAGGAAGCCUUAAGGAAAUCUGAAGAUGUACUUCCAAUUCCAGAACAUAAGUUAAUUGUCAGCAUACCCUGCAGUCUGCAUUCACAUAAACCCCCUCUUACUGCGGUUCUGGCAGAGUUUAUCAAGCCAGAUGUGGAAUGCUUGGAGUUGUUCGCUCGCAACCUACAGCCUGGCUGGACCAGCUGGGGAAACGAGGUUUUGAAGUUUCAGCACAUUGAUUAUUUCACUUUUCUGCAGAAUGAAAACUGAGUUGGGUCCUGUAGUUUAAUUCCGAAAUUCUACGCCUUUCCACCAGGCUCUCAAACUUGCCUUUAUUACCGAUGGUGGACUCAGAAGGUAACAGAAAUGAAACCAACUGCCCUUCAGUUAAAAUUCUUGAAGUGACAGGAUAUCUGUUUAAUGGUAUCUCCAUUUGUACAAGCUGGUCCUUUCUUUUGAUGAUCUUGAGAGAUUUAAAUACUGAUGCUAGAGUGUAAGUCCAUCCCUGUUUUUGUCAAACCUCAAAAAAAGAAAGAUAUUUUAAAGUAUUCUCACUGCAGCUA